AUGCAAAGUGCUCAAAGAAUAAUCAGAUUUCAAAGCGCCGAGCGAAUUGUGGUGACUACAGGAACUCGCCCGCGGGCCUUCACGCUUACGUCACCUAUCGCGAGAUCCCGACCGCCUCUGCUUGUCAGAUAUGGCACUCUCAGGAAUGGCGACUAUAUUCAUGGGAUAGUUCAGUGGAAUGCUGGAAUUUGUGUGUUUAUUGAAUUGUGUGGAGGUUAUUGCCAACUAAGAGUUAGUGAUUUAUUUAAUCAUCUGUCCACUACUACGGGCAGGAUGGCUGACCGGAAAGCAGAAUUGGAACGAAAAAAGGCCAAACUCCAGGCCAUUCGAGAAGAGAAGGAACGACGUCGACGUGAAAAGGAGCAGAAAGAUGCAGAGGAAGCAGCCUUGCGAGUGGCUCCUACCGACCGGGACCACCGAAAAGAAUUGGACCAAAUGCUUUCAUCGUUGGGAGUGGCUCCAGUAUCGGAUGUACUUUCAUCACUUUCUUCUUUAUCAUCUCUGACCCCAGAGCAGAGCAACAAUGCAACACCAGAACCAAGUUUGCAGUUGCAUACAUCGUCUCCUGUCUCAAGCAAGAAACGUACAGCACAGCUUAGUGUGGUGAGCGUGCAGAGCACCAGCAUCCCGCCUAAGGAAGUGGAAACUUAUGCAAAACAAACCCAAACGGCAAAUACAGGCCAUGAGCGAGACGUGCGAUAUACUUGCUCUGUUGUGUUUGGUGCUGCUCUUGUUCCCCCGUGUAACAAGGAUGGUCCAACUCAUCUUCUCCUCUCAAAGGCUACUUCGAGGAUUGGUGGAGGCCUCGUAAAGGGUCAGGUAGCGGGGCCCUGUGCUUGGGUUGCCUCAGGCACUCCUGGCUGCACUGCACUCUGGCAUAGAUGCCAUGUCGCAUUCACUAACUGUGUGGCACUCUGUUUAUGCCUGCGGCUGCAGCGCAUCCUUUCGGCUACUACGCAUUAUAAUUCCCAGUAUAUGCAAACUGUUGGUUCCAGAGCUCUGCCUUCACCAGUAGGGACUCUGCAGGGCAGUUAUGUGGUGAUGUUACCUCAGUUUAUUACUAGCUACGAGUACAAUCUAAACCCCGGUUUAGAGUGGGAGGACGAGUUCACAGUCGUGGGCCAGAGCCCAUCGGCAUGCGCCCAGCGGGCCAGAGUGCGGUGGGCUGGCUCAUUGACUGCAGUUCUGACGUAUGACGACGCGCAAGCGGAGGAUGAGGAGAGCUCGCUGCCGCAUCUGGAUGGCGGCUUCCACAGCAAGCUCCCACCCGGCAUCCUACCCCAUGGCCUGCCGCAAGUGAAGGAGGUUCAGCCAGCUGUCACGUCACUUGAAGCACAACCUGCUGGUCCAGCAGCUGAGAAACCCAAACAGCCACGAGAACUGUCAGAGGAGGAGAAACAAAUGAUUAUUUUGACUGAGGAAUUCCAAAGAUUUUUGGAUCGUUCUGCACGCAUAAUGGAACGUGCUCUGUGUGAAUCAGUAGAUAUUUAUACAGAUUAUACUGGAGCUGCAGAUGGGGAAGAUGGAACGGAUGAAAAGAACAACUAUAGACUUUCUUUGAACCGUUGGUUUUUUGAUGAACGCUGGUCACGUAAUCGAUGUGUGACUUCAUUAGACUGGUCGCCCCAAUUCCCUGAACUAUUGGUUGCCAGCUACCAUAGUAAUGAGGAUUCUCCUCAUGAUCCAGAAGGUGCUUGUCUUGUGUGGAAUACAAAAUUCAAGAAAACUACUCCAGAGUAUAUCUUUCAUUGCCAGUCAGCUGUAAUGUCAGCCACAUUUGCAAGGUUUCAUCCAAAUCUUAUUCUUGGAGGCACAUAUUCUGGUCAAAUAGUUUUAUGGGAUAAUAGAGUACAGAAGAGAACACCAGUUCAACGCACUCCUCUCUCUGCUGUAGCCCAUACUCAUCCUGUUUAUAGUUUGAGUGUUGUUGGUACUCAAAACGCUCACAAUCUGAUUAGUGUGUCAACGGAUGGAAAACUUUGUUCGUGGAGUUUGGAUAUGCUGUCUCAGCCGCAGGAAACUCUUGAACUCCAACACAAGCAAGGAAAAGCAGUUGCUGUCACUUCUCUUGCAUUCCCCUCUGGUGAUGUCAAUAAUUUUGUUGUGGGUAGUGAAGAGGGAACAGUUUAUUCAGCUUGUCGUCAUGGAAGCAAAGCUGGGGUCACAGAACCAUAUGAAGGUCACCAGGGGCCUGUUACUGGUGUCUCUACUCAUGCUGCCUCUUCACCUGGAAGUGCUGAUUUCUCUCACUUAUUUUUGACUUCAUCAUUUGACUGGACUGUAAAACUCUGGAGCUUGCGUGAGAAUAGAGCAUUGUAUUCUUUUGAAGAUAAUGGUGAUUAUGUAUAUGAUGUUGCAUGGUCACCAGUUCACCCAGCUCUUUUUGCAACUGUGGAUGGUGAUGGUAGGCUAGAUUUAUGGAAUUUAAAUCAAGACACAGAAGUGCCAACUGCAAGUAUAACAGUGAACGGAUGCCCUGCAUUGAACAGGGUGUCAUGGACUCCAUCAGGAUUGCAUGUCACUGUUGGCGAUGAUACUGGGAAGAUUUGGGUCUAUGAUGUUGGAGAGCAACUGGCUCAGCCCCGCCAUGAUGAGUGGUCUAAAUUUGGCUAUACUGUUCAAGAACUGAAAAACAACCAGACUGAAGAAGAUCUAGAUAAAAGCAAAUUAAUUGAUUCAGGUCUUGGUAGUAGCUUAGUGAACCUUGCUUCUCUGUCUUCUAGUUCACUGCGAUAACUUUCAAUUGUGACCCACUAGUCGUGAUGCUGCUGUGCAAGACUUUGUCGUGCACUAUUGUUGAUAAUAAUUAUAUUAAAGAUCUAACAAUUGAGACUCCAAUGCUAUAUGUUGCAUGAUGCUUCCUGUGCAAUGCUUAAUACCUUAUUUUCAAGGUAUGUACAUAAGAUGAAGAAAAGAAGGUUGGAAUUGAGAAUUUGUAAUGGCUAUUGAUUGAAUUUGACUGAGUUGUGAAAAGUGUAAUAAAAUAUUUAUGAAUGAUAUUUUGUUAAAUUUUUCUUUUAGUACUUGUAUAGUAUGUAAUCCUGUCCAUUCAUUGUAUUAAAUAGCAAAUUGUUCUUAAGUAAUGUUUUUUGAUAUGAUAAUAAUGCAGUUAUUGUGGUGAGUUCUGAAUGUUUCAUGCUAAUUGUACAGAUUGAGCCCUUUGCCUCAUUUCCAGGGUAUAUUUGGAUUCACAAAUCUUCAAUCCCCCCCCCACACACACAUAUGAUAUAAUUUUAAUUUGAUUAAUUAAAGGGUCAUACUUAGCACAGUUCUUAACUUCUUUCAAAGCAUUCCCUAAGAAACAAUUCAAAGAGAUUUUGUAGAAGAAUGUUGGUGGAUUACAGUUAGAUGAAUGCAGCAUUCAUUUAACUUCUGACUUUUUAUAGAUCAGUUUAGUGUGAUGAUUGUAGUUGGUGACAAGGCAUGG